UUGAAUUGACCUAUAAUAUGAAGAUUUAUGACAGUUGGUGGGGAGUCGGCCAGAGAAGAAGAAGCAAGGAGAACCACACAGUGGGAUUCUCUUUCUGUGGUCGUGGGACCCCAACAAUGGUGUGCUGUGCUGUGCUGUAUCGCCCACAUCUCUUCCUUUUGAUUCUUUUUCUUCUUAUUAAAUUUGCUUGGGUGUGAUCAAUCCAUUGGGAAAGAAGCAAAAUCCUUAUCUAGUCUCUAAUCGCCGUGCUGUUAGCUCCCAUUCCCAUUCAUUCCAUGGCUUCUCUUCUCCUUUCCUAAACUCUCCCCACCAAACUUUCUCUUGGUUUCUGCUCACUCCUCAUAAACCUUGCAGCUUUGUUAGGUAACUUCGCCAAACAGAUAAGAUAAAGCUCGGUUCUUUCCUCUUUACCUGCGUUUCUGGCUUCUGGGUUCCUCUCAGAUCUUUGAUUGAGCAAGUGGGUAGCUAAUAGAUUGGAGUUUGUCGGAGUCGGAAGAUAUGAAGAUUCAGUGUGAUGUGUGUGAGAAAGCUCCGGCGACGGUGAUAUGCUGCGCCGACGAAGCAGCGCUCUGUAGCAGGUGCGACGUUGAAGUUCAUGCGGCCAACAAGCUAGCUAGCAAGCACCAGCGGUUGCUCCUUGAAUCGUUGUCCAACAAGCUUCCUCCCUGCGAUAUCUGCCAAGAGAAAGCGGCAUUCAUCUUCUGUGUUGAAGACAGAGCUCUAUUCUGCAAGGAUUGCGACGAGCCGAUCCAUUCUGUUGGUAGUCUUGCGGCAAACCAUCAGAGGUUUCUAGCUACAGGAAUAAGAGUGGCAUUGAGCUCUAGUUGCUCCAAGGAGGCAGAGCAGAACUGUUUAGAGCCACCGAAUCACAGCAGUGCUCAACAAGUGUCUGCAAAACUGCCUGUACAGCAGCAGCAGCAACAGCAGCAACCACAACAUCAGUCGAGCUUCUCGUCCCCAUGGGGUGUUGAUGAUUUGCUUCACUUCUCUGAUUUUGGAUCACCUGCUGACAAAAAAGAGCAAUUGCAGCUUGGAGAGUUCGAAUGGCUGACCGACAUGGGUCUCUUUGGCGACCAACUUACUGAUGAGGCUCUCGCAGCUGCUGAAGUUCCUCAGCUACCCGUUUCACCAACAGUCAGUGUCACCUCAUACAGACCCCCCAAAUCCAGCAUGCCAUACAAGAAGCCAAGGCUUGAGAUCCCUGACGAAGAUGACGAGCUUAACUUCAUGGUGCCUGAUAUCGGCUGAUCUUCAUCACAACUCUGUCUCUCUCUCUAUUCGAUCUCGUGUUAAGUAGUUCGGUAUCUAUGUAGUACAUAUAUCGGACCGAGGGGGCUCUCCAGAGGAAGAACACAAUUACUUUUAGGUUGAGAUUCAGAUCGUGUACUUUGAGGAAGAACUCAUUGAUGAUACUGAAAAGAGCAUGGCUUUGUUCGUUUGCUCGUAGCUUAUGAAACAAUGCAUCUUUGCGAUGCUUUGUGUAUGUGGAAAAGAAACAUAGCAAUUUAGCUGAACUGCUAUAAUGGUAGUAUUACUUAAUGCAUGUUCUUUGUUCUAAUGCCUCGAUCA